CCCGCAUUUAACGACGCUGUAGACUUUGUAUCUAAAACUCGAAUGUAGUUCCUCCGCAGUUUGUCAUUGUAAAUGAGCGACGCGCGUUGUCACCUUUGUAGUUAACCACCUGUACAUGCUGUAAGGAUGUAAAUACUGUCCUUGAUUAAACCUGUCUCUGCGCUGAGCGGCCGUCCCUGCGCGGGGCCGGGGCGGGGCGGCGAGCCCGGCAUGGCGGCGCUGGGCCGGGGCCGGGAGCGGGGCUGGCCGCGGGGCUGGCCGCGCUCCCAGCCCUGGGCCCUGGCUCUGGCGGCCGCCCUGGCCGUCUGCGCCUUCUACUACCUGGGCGGCGGCGGGGAGACCUUCUCCAGCGCGACCCGCCGGCUCCGCGCCACGCCGCCCGCCCCGGCCCGCCGGCCCCCGGAGGGCGCGGCCCGCGGCCUGCACCUCCUGCUGAUGUUCACCAAGGCGGAGCGCAGCCCGGCGCUGCGCGGCAAGGCCCAGGCCGCCCUGCGCUCGCUGCUGCGGCACGGCCGGCUGCCCGCCGGGGACGCGCUGCACCUCCACCUCGUCACCGAAGGCGCCAGCCGGGACAUCGGGCUGGGGCUGCUGCGGGACCUGCUGCGCGGAGCCGCCUUCCGGCACCAGGUAAUAGUCCAUGAUGUGAAUGAGCUGACAGAAAAGCUGUUUCCAAUUGUCGAAUCCAUGCAGAAACACUUCAGUGCUGGAUCGGGGACCUACUACAGUGACUCCAUCUUCUUCUUGUCGGUUGCGAUGCAUCGCAUCAUGCCCAAAGAAGUAACACAGAUCAUCCAGGUAGACUUGGACCUGAAGUACAAGACCAACAUCCGAGACCUGUUUGAUGAGUUUGACAACUUCCCAGAGGGAGCAGUCAUUGGGAUUGCCAGGGAGAUGCAGCCAGUGUACAGACACACAUUCUGGCAGUAUCGCCGCGAGAACCCCCAAACCAAAGUGGGGGACCCCCCUCCUGAUGGGCUGCCGGGCUUCAACAGUGGAGUCCUCCUUCUGAACCUGGAAGCCAUGAGGCAGUCCAAGCUUUACAACCAGCUGCUGGAGCCUAGCAUGGUGCAGAAGCUGACAGAGAAGUACCACUUCAAGGGCCACCUUGGUGACCAGGAUUUCUUCACCAUGGUGGGGAUGGAGCACCCAGAGCUCUUCCAUGUGCUUGACUGCACAUGGAACCGGCAGCUUUGCACAUGGUGGAGGGACCAUGGAUACAGCGACGUGUUUGACCAGUACUUCCAGUGUGAGGGUGAGGUCAAAAUUUACCACGGGAACUGCAACACCCCAAUCCCUGAGGACUAGGGCACCCACUGCCCCUGGGAGCAGCUCUGACUGCAGCAAGCCCUGCAAUGCCUUAAUGGCUGCACCAGCAGUCGCUCAGGAAGGGUGACCAGCCCUGAGUCAUUGCAUCACAGGGGGAUCCCUAGAGAUCCCAAGAGCAUUCAGUAUCCCACUGCCUGUAGCCCCACUGCUCCAGGGGGAAGUGCAGUCUGGUAGUUGGAGCAGGACAUCCAGUUACCAUGCUCAGAGCUCAGCUCCUGGCUCUGCUUGGGGCAAGUCCAUGGUGCCCAUCUGUGCCACAGCCACUGGGGCAUGAGGACAGCUGAGGUCACAUCAGGUGACCCUGCUUUUGCACAUGGCAAGGUGCUGCUCCCUGGGUGCUGCGCAGCCUUGCCCUGCCUAAUGAUCAGCAGGAGGACACAGCCAGGCAGUUGGGUUUCAUUUUGGCAUUUCUCGGUGGCCCAUUUGCUGCUCCUCACACAGAGCAUCUGUCUGGUCCCUCUGGAGAGCAGACACUGUCCUCAGGUCAUCUUCCUUUUGAAGCAUUCCAGAAAGGCGAGAGGGUUUUAAAGACUGAAAAUCUGUUUUAAAUUGGGUUACUUACAAACAAAAAAAUUGAAUGCUAGAUGAGCUUUAAAGCCUUCCAUUGGUUCUUCUUAGCAAUAAAAGCUUUACUACCCUUUCUUGUCUUAAAAGCGUUCAGUGAGCGUGUACCAAUAGGUUCAUUUUUCUAGCUUUGCCUUUAACCUUUCGUACAAGAAUAAAGCUGCAGAUGUAGAACGUGCUCGGCUGUUUUUCUGUGGCACAACCGAAGGCCUGUGCGAUGGGGGGUUUUGUACUUUUAUUAUCAUGAUUAAAUGUGGUUGAUGUGUA